ACAGAGAACUCCCAUAAUGCACUGCAUCGUGUCAACUGACAUUGUGAAACGAGUUAGGAGCUGAGGGUGCUGCAUAAUAAAUACCACGGAUAAAAUUAUUAGGUUAUAAAUGCUGGCGGAGAGUUUGUGCACAUCAUGAGUGGCAUGAGGACUAUACUGACCUCGCUAGCCCUGGUCGGGUCUUUCGGGGCUGGCUAUGGUAUGUGGGCCAUAAUUGUACCUGGAGAAGAGAAGAAAAGGGAACUAUUGAAGAAUCUGCCGGAGUCUAACCCUGCCCGUAUGGAGGAGAGCAGGAGGAGAAAUGCCCUCAUGCUUCAGGUUCUCAAGGAUGCUGCAGAGACCCAAGAUAAUAUUGCACGUGGAUAUGGGGGGAAAAAAUGAAGAAUGCGUUUUGCACAAAAAUCAGACUCUCAGGUUCGUCUGUGAAUCUGCAGGAGGACAAAGCUGACUUAUUCUAAACAAGUUAUCAAUAAACUAAGAUAAAUUAUUUGCAUAAGCAUCUUGUAUCGUGGCAGAUUUGUUAGAUUAAAGUUGAUGGUUGUAAAUAAACUAAACUAUGAGUAAUUAAAAAAAUCAACGUCCUUGGAAACAGCAUUGUUGCUCUACAGAUACGAUUAUUCUAUGUAAAAAGUGUGACAGCUUGUUGUAGAUGAGAAUUGUGUUAUAAAAAAUCUUUAAAUAAUGUCGUCACAGUACAGAGGAU